AUGGCAGAAAUUAUGGAAGAAGAUAAAGUUACCCGUAAAGAAGAAAUCUCUACUGCAGAGGACACAUGUACUGUAUUUGUAGUGGGAGAAGAUGUAAAAGAGGAAAUUACAGAAAAUCAAGGUGAAGUUGUCAAGAUUGAAGUAGAUCCCCUUUUCUCUGAAGAAAAGAGACUGAAAAAGAAGAAACUCAGAGAAAAAAGAGAUACAAGAGUGAGAUAUCCAUGUUUACAAUGCGUGUAUGCUGCAACUACAGCACGUAGUCUUAAGAGACAUGUUGAAAUAAAACAUGGAGAAGUAAGAUAUCCAUGUUUACAAUGCGUGUAUGCUGCAACUACAGCAGGUUAUCUAAAGAAACAUGUUGAAAUAAAACAUGAAGGAGUAAGAUAUCCCUGCAAUCAAUGUGAUCACGUUGCCACUAGAGCAGGCAAUCUGAAGACGCAUAUUGAAUCUAAACAUGAAGGAGUAAGAUAUCCUUGCUCUCAUUGUGAAUACACUGCCACUACAGCAGGUGAUUUGAAGACACACAUUAAAUCUAAACAUGAAGGAGUGCGAUAUCCCUGCAAUCAAUGUGAUCACGUUGCCACUAGAGCAUGUGAUCUAAAGACGCAUAUUGAAUCUAAACAUGAAGGAGUGCAAUAUCACUGCGAUCAAUGUGAUCACGUUGCCACUAGAGCAGGUGAUCUGAAGACGCAUAUUGAAUCUAAACAUGAAGGAGUGAGAUAUCCAUGCGACCAAUGUGAUCACGCUGCCACUACAGCAAGAUCUCUGAAGAAACAUAUUGAAAAUAAGCAUGAAGGAGUGAGAUAUCCAUGCGACCAAUGUGAUCACGCUGCCACUACAGCAAGAUGUCUGAAGAGACAUAUUGAAUCUAAACAUGAAGGAGUGAGAUAUCCAUGUUCUCAUUGUGAAUAUGCUGCCAAUCAAGCAGGAUGUACUGUCUAUGACGCGGAAGAAGAUAUAAAAGAGGAAAAUACAGAAAAUCAAGGUGAAAUUGUCAAGAUUGAAGAAGAUCCUCUUUUCUCUGAACAAAAGAUACUAAAAAAGAGGAAGCUGACAGAUAAAAGAGAUAAAAGUUAUGCCUGUGGAAAAUGUGAUUAUGUGGCAACUCAAUUAUGUCAUUUGAAGACACACACCGACCAAGCUUAUAUUUGCUUGAUACACUUCUAA